AUGAACCAAGAGGAGGAUUUGGCCAAACUUUUCAUUGGAACCUGCAGUUACGUAUCCACGGAGGACCUUCUCAAACUCCUAUCAAUCAUUAUUGCUGUCCUUGCUAACGUUCUCCUCAACAAGGACUACCGUUGGAGUUUAUUUACUAAAGGGACAGAUUAUUUUCAACUCGUUGACCUCGCAUACGUUAUGAAGAGUCAAACCCUGACGGCAGAAGUCUUUACAAUGAGCUACACAUCUACUCUAAGAGUCCAGCUGGAGAAGCCCCUCCAGAGGGGCAGAGGAAGGGCAGGACCCCUGCUUGAAGAGAAUGGAUGUGGGGGACUUCAUCAGGACAAUGGGAAGUCUUCAUAUACAACUGGAAAAGGCUACAACCCCCCAUCGGUAAAAGGGCUCAGUGGGUGUCAGAUGAAUAAUGGGGUCAGCAUUACAACAGAAAAGGGGAAAGCUAAAGAUCCGGGUAGAACAUCAGCCAGCCUUAAUCGAGCUGUGAAAAGGACAGACCAUUUUCUGACAGUAAUCCUUGAGAUGCGUCCCCGGAACGGUGGUGGGAUCAGUGUCCACAAAGUGAAGUCCCCUUUGCACACCAUCAACACAGCCAUCACGAUCGAGAGCAAGCCUGACACUCAAGAACUGAAGUUCAAGGAGCAGUGCUCUUACCUUUCAGUGAACGGCCCACUCCUGGCCCCUCCGGAAUCCCGGCAGCUGGAAAGUGCCACCUUGCAGCUGGAUGCUGGGACUACAGAACCUGUAUCUGCCAUACCUAUAGAAGCAGUCUCUGAAACAAAGACGCCCGACCGGGAGGAGAGCGGCCGAGAGGGAGAACCCCAGAAAGAGAGCGGCGCUCCUCGGCCACGGCGUGCGUCCUCCGGUGCUGCCCCCGGAACCUGCGGCAGUCCCAGUCACGACCCAGUUUCCCCUAAGAGAAAACCCCAUCGAUCUGGAGACAGCUUAAAACUUUUGGAUGGUGUGUCGCAUCUGGAAGUCAAGGUGGGGGAUCAAGCGGAGCUGCGUUGUAGAAUACAGGGAACGCCACCUCUUGCCGCCUCCUGGUUGCGAAACAAGAAACAAGUGGAGGAUAGUCAACGAGUAUCGGUGCACACGUCCAACGCGGAAAGUCGUCUUUUGAUCCGCCAGGUGUCCGAGGACGACGCCGGCUGCUACAUGCUGUGUGUUCAAGACCAGACUGGGAGUACGCAGCAUCACACCAACUUGGCUGUUGUAGAUCAACCUUCGCCACCUUUGGGAAAGCCCAUAACAUCUGCCUUGAAGGCCACCUCACUGACUCUUUCAUGGUCUGGACCGUGUUAUGAUGGCGGCAGUGCUGUGCUGAGCUACUGGGUGGAGGUUAAACGCGUCGGACAAAAAGAGGAGGCUUGGCGGCUACUUACAGACUGCUGUGUUAACACCUCUUGCCAAGUCACAGAGGGGCUAGAGCCAGGUGGCCAAUACCAGUUCCGUGUGCGGGCUGUAAACGUCCACGGUGUGAGCGAAGCAGGAGAGGAGUCAGACGUUGUGAUCAUGUGUGACGCUGAAAUUGGAGAACCUGAGCUUGAUGGACAUGUCGAAUACCCCAAAGUCUCCAUCAAUACCCAAGAUCGAGUAGGCGACUUGUACAUCCAGCUCGAGAAACUGGGAGUGGGCAAGUUUGGCCAAGUGUAUAAGCUACAGGAGAAGUCCACGGGUGAAAUACGAGCUGGAAAAUUCUAUAAGGCGCGGCUGCAGAAGGAAAUACAGAAUAUCAAGGCCGAGGUGGAACUGAUGAACAAGCUCCAUCAUCCCCGGCUAGUGCACUGUGUGGCUGCGUUCCAGGAACCGGGCCGGAUGGUUAUGGUGAUGGAGUAUAUUGCAGGCGGAGAACUGUUUGAACGGAUUGUGGCCGAUGAUUUUGAGCACACGGAGAUCACGUCUGUCCGGUACAUGUCACAAAUUCUGUCUGGCGUGGGCUACAUGCACCAGCAGAGCAUCGUCCACUUGGACCUCAAGCCCGAGAACAUUGUGUGCAUCAGCAAAACCUGCACUCAGGUCAAGAUCAUCGACUUCGGGCUGGCCAGAGAACUAGUUCCUGGGACUUCAAUGAAAGUAUUACAAGGAACCCCGGAGUUUGUGGCUCCCGAAGUCAUUGCCUUUGAACCUAUUUGGUUCACCACCGAUAUGUGGAGUUUGGGGGUCAUCUGCUACAUCCUGCUCAGCGGAGACUCCCCUUUCCAGGGCUCCAAUGACAUGGAAACCUUUCAGAAUAUUACCAGGGCACUGUGGGAUUUCGAUGAAGAAACGGACGCUGUACUGUCUGAGAUGGCCAAAGACUUCAUCAGAAGACUGCUGCAGAAAAACAUGAGGUCUCGUCUCACAGCUGACCAAGCACUGACUCAUCCUUGGAUCCAGCAUAAAGAGGUCUCCAGCACCAAGACGUUACCAAAGGAGCGCAUCAAAAAGUUCUUGGCAAGACAAAAGUGGCAGAAAACGGGUAAAGCCAUGCUGGCUCUGAAGAGGAUGACUCUACUCAGCAACAAAUCGGAAGCCAACUCUCCGUCUGCACAUACAGAAGGAUGUGAAAGCCAAGAGGUAUUUAGCCUCCUGCAAGAGCAGCUUCAGAGACCCCCGUUCUUCACGUCCACUUUGAAGGACCAAGUAGAGGUUGUGGGCAGCAGCGCCCGAUUCCAGUGUAACAUCGAAGGAUUCCCAGAUCCUGAAGUCCUGUGGUUUUGCGGUGGCUCCCCGAUCCAGGAGUCCAAACGCUUUGAGAUUGAGUAUGAAGACACCGGCAGCUGCUCGCUGGUUAUAUCAAGUGUGACCCCCGAGGAUUCCGGGGUCUAUACGUGUCGGGCUCUGAAUCCGCUCGGUGAGGAAGAAAUCUCAGCUAGGCUGACUGUCCAUACUCCGCUUGCAGAACGGCGUAUGAGCAAGGGCUCGGACAGGUCCAUCUGACCAAGUUGAUUGAGUGCGUUGAAACCGGUUUUGUAAUAUGAUGGGUUCACAAGUUCUGAAACGGAAUUUCUGGUAGCCUUCUGGUGAAUACCAAGCCUUUUCUAUAUACUACAUGUAUACUCACUUGAGUGACCAAAUUGUAGGCCAAAUGUAUCCAGAACUCAUAGUUAUCAGGGUGUAGGACUCUUGGGAGCCAAUAAAAAUAUGUAUAAAGAGUAAAGGCUACUGAAUCUUACAUUUGGAGGCAAUGAAAG